UAUUAACUGCGCGACCAAGUAGCACCGGAAAACAAAAUUUCUCCUGAGUCCUAUAAUGACUCGCCACGGAAAAAACUGCACCGCUGGAGCCGUCUAUACAUACCACGAGAAAAGGAAAGAUACAGCGGCAUCUGGGUACGGCACGCAGAGCAUUCGCCUGGGUAAAGAUGCCCUCAAAGACUUUGACUGUUGCUGCUUAUCCCUGCAACCCUGCCAGACUCCUGUGGUCACUCCAGAUGGAUUCUUGUAUGAAAAACGGGUUAUUCUGGAAUACAUUCUGCAUCAGAAGACAGAGAUUGCCAGGAAGAUGAAGGCAUAUGAGAAGCAAAAGCAAGCUCAGAAGCAUGAAAGUCAUCUUGAGUCCAAGUCAGAAGAACGUGAGAAAGUGGAGAAGUUUAAAACCAGAGAGAACAGCAUUGUAUCCAAACCCAUCAACCCUUUCAUUUCUGGGCAAAGCAAAGUCGGCGGGAAAAUCAAGACGGACAGUCGCUCAUCAUCCUCCACUGAUUCGGUGGCCUCCUCCAGCCAGAGUCUGCCCAGCUUCUGGGUUCCUUCUCUGACACCUGAAGCAAAGCCCACCCUUCUCAAGAAACCGAGUAAGGCUGUGUUGUGUCCGAUGUCGGGACGACCUAUCAAGAUGAACGAGCUCAUCACAGUGCGCUUCACCGCGGUAGACCCGAGUCUGGACCGAGUGGCCCUCAUCAACCGCCAGGACAGAUAUGUCUGCGCAGUGACCAAAGACAUCCUGGGCAACAGCGUCCCCUGUGCUGUCCUGCGGCCUUCGGGGUGUGUGGUGACACAGGAGUGUGUGGAGAAGCUCAUCAAGAUGGACAUGACGGAUCCCGUGAGUGGAGACAAACUCUCUGACAAAGACAUCAUACCACUGCAGAGGGGAGGAACGGGCUUUGCGGGUGCUGGUAUAGAGCUCAAGGCCAAAGAAGCUCGUCCAGUCAUGCAAGUGUGAAACAUAAUGAUGGUCUGCCUGUAUUAUGCUUUCCAAAAAUUUGGGGGGGGGGAAUAUAUUUGUAAUUACGGUAAGCCAAAAUAUGACAUUUUCUUUCUUAUUAGAUAUGAUAGCUUGGCCAUGUUUGUACUUUUGUGGUCAUUUUGAAGAGGCUUAAGAAGAGGGGGGGAAAAGUCACUUUUGUGUCUGUCAUUCUGUUCUAGAGUAUUUGCCGUGUAAUGUUCAUAUCAUUUGAAAAGCCGUGUUAUUUUCCAUUUUCCUGAAUGUAUUUGAAUUGAGAAACAUUUUUAAGGCACAGGAAAAAAAGCAGUCACUUAGUCCGUGGUAUUGAUAUUCACAAUUCAUCAUGGCCGUCAACCUCCAUGGCUCCGUAAUCUGUGAUGGUGCUGAUCUUGAUGAAGUCGAGUUUAUCUAGCAUCUCUGAUAAUGACACAAAUCCAUCCUGACACGCACAAGGUAGAAAACAAAAGCAACAGUAAAAGGAAAGAAGUGGUUGAGAUCAGCAGAAGAAAGGUCCUUCAUUGGGAAAAUGCGGAGUUACUUAUUUUAGCAAGUGCAAGAAUCAAAAAUACCUUCUUUACUGAGUACGUAGUGGCUGGCGAGUAUUCAUUGCAGGAUUAAAUAAAACAACAUGUACAAAAAUUCA